AUUGUCAUUAAUAAUCAUCAUCCGACAAGUGAUACAUACAUUUGACCUGUUUCUAACAUGGAUACUGGAUCACAGGAAGAUCUUCUUUUUCGGGUAAACCCCGAUUUCAAAUGGCUGGAUUUGAAGACAUGGAACGAUAAUCAGAAAACGAUUCUAACUUGCUCCAGCAUUAUGGCAAUCGGUGUAUUGAUCUUAUUCAUAGUCCUGGCUACGUUGACAGCAUCGCCAGCCAACGUGACACCCACUGUGCCAACAACCACCACUAUCCAGCCUCCAACGACGACCGAAGUACCGACAAGUACUUUCAUGACUACGCCACUGGUGACAACUCCAAAACCAACUAGACCGACACGAAAACCAAUUACAACUACCCCCAAACCUAUUUCAACCACCCCCAAACCUACUUCAACCACCCCCAAACCUACUUCAACCACCCCAAAUCCAACGACACCCACGCCCACGCCAUCCUCCACGAUCGCUUCAACCACCAAGCCAACUACGAUAAGCCCACAACCAAUAAAUAUAACGACGACCUCAGCAGCCCCACCCAACACCACGACGACUGUGACCACCCCGCCACCCACACCCAAUCAACACAGCCGAGCAACCACAUCAUCAACGUCCACCGUGAUAACGGGGACAACCAGCCUCUCCAGAAAUGAAACCGUUUCUGUAACAACUAAUAUUACCCCGACGAGAACUACCGUUGUCAUGACCACCCUCACAACUUCAUCCUUUACGACACUAUCACCACGCAAUAUCACGUCAACGACCACGAUGUCGAAUUCAACUGUUACCACAACCACAACGACAUACCCCUCAGCCAAGAAUGCAAUGCCAUUCCUUACAUGGAAAAUGCAAUGAAAUUAUUACAAGUCCUUUGCAGAUAUUUACAAUAUUCUUCUUUGAUCACGAAAUUUAUACCUAGCAUUCAAUCUCAAAGCAAAUAUUGAU